AUCGUGAUCAGUCGGUGGCGGUGAGUGGCGAAAGAGGAACAAAAUUCAACAGUGACACAGAAAUAAAAUAUAAUACAAUAGAAGUGGAUAAAUAAAGAAAUAAUUAACAGCGCAAUGAAAAUGCGGAUAAUACCUCUCGUUUUGGCAGCAGCGUUCGUCGUGAAUAGCUUCGUCGAUGGAGGCCUGCUUCCACAGUCGACUACUAUCGAAACAACCGAGACUACCGUAAAUCCCAAUUCGCAGGUAGAAUGGACGCAUUAUAACUUGCACGGACGUAUAGUUAACGGGACAAAAGCUGCACUAAGGCAAUUUCCUUAUCAAGUAUCUUUAAGAGAAAGUUACAGCAAUGCACACUUCUGCGGAGGAUCACUGAUAGACGAACAAUAUGUGCUCACAGCAGCGCAUUGCAUGUUUGAGGAUGGUGACUCGCAGAUACAGCCUUGGACAAUCAUAGUAGUUGCCGGUGACAUUAAACUCAGUCAACAAAGCCAGACUGGUCAAAGAAGGGGCGUAGACAAGAUUUAUGUUCAUCCCAAGUUCGAUAUGAAAACCUUGGAGAAUGACGUAGCUCUUCUCGCUCUCAAAGUGCCAUUUGCAUUAACGCCGGAAGUUAACGUUGCUCCUCUCGCAACUCAUACUCCUGUUCCAGAAACGAUUUGUCAGGUAGCAGGAUGGGGUUACCCAGCGGAAGAUUACCCAAUUACCAGCGAGAACCUCAUGUACAUAGAUUUGCCGCUGUUGAGCCAUUCCACGUGCAAGAAACUUUUGGAGAACAUAACUGAUUUCCCAGCUGGGAUGCUUUGUGCUGGAUACAUGGAGGGCCAAAGGGAUGCUUGCCAGGGCGAUUCUGGAGGCGGUAUGAUCUGCGGUGGAUUUCUAACGGGUGUGGUUUCCGGUGGAGAUGGUUGUGCACGGCCACGAACUCCUGGUGUCUACGCGGACGUCUACUUCUACAGACUUUGGAUCGCGUCGCAUAUGAACACAAAUCCGAUCACGCAAUAUUCGCGUAAAAAAAAUAAUUCUGGCUCGGAACAGGUAGUGACCACAACGUUGCUACCCUCGGUUCUACUAUCAGUACUGUUUCACAUUUGAUAUGAAAAAGAUGGUUGCUUUAUUCAUUUCGAAAUAUUACAGUAGUGUCCUCUUAACUGCGGCAAGUUCAAUAUUUCAUCGCUUAAGUUAUCAGAGAAGGUACAUUAAACCGAGUAACACCAAGCCCAAAAUACAGAAGAGGCUUGCUGAACAUACCGUCAAAAGUUUGAUUAAAUCCUAUAAUUUAACGACUGAUAGGAAUACGACGAAGCCUAAGCUAAGUGGACACUGCUAUAGUUUCGACAAGAUCCAUUUUUGUGUAUCAUCUCAUAACGAGACUGCGAAUGUUUAUGCAAUUUCACGUUUAUAUCAAUCUGAUCAAAAAAACAGAACCUACAAGAAAAUUUGUUUCACCCAGUAAAUAUUAUAUCGAGUAUUUUAAUUAGAGUAUUUUACAUAUUCCCGUGUAUUAUAUACGUUCAACAAAUAUUUGCAUUUUUACGUUCGCCAUAUACUAAAGAUCCGCAGAUUGCUCGGAGUGAGAUCACUAUUUGCAAACGAAGUAAUAAACGAUUAACAGAUAA